GAGGGUCGAUGCAGCCCUGUUUCAGACUCCAGAGGUCCUGAGUGAUCCAGUUCAGACUCCAGUCCGUCCUGAUCCAGUCCUGCUUCUCCUCCCUUCCCUCCCUGAUAGCUGCUCUGUGAUUGGUCGCUCGCUGCUUGUCAGGAAGAAAGAGCUGCUGUGUUGAGGCCGAAAACUCAGACACAAGCAGGACCUGGACGACGCAGGAGUACCUCGGAGGACAGGAUAUACUCUCUCCAUGACGUCGGGGCUGAAUUUUUAACGAGCCGGGCUGCAGAGGAUCUCCCAUCCACCUUCCGCGCUGCUGCCGCCGAGGCCGCCGCGUCCUCCUCCGCCUGCCCGCCGCCUGUUCGCCGCUGCCCGCUGCUCUCAGUAAUCCAGACCCGCUGCUAUUAACGGGUCUGACGCUGCUGUGUGGCGACGCAGGGACAAAUCAGUCUGAGAUUUAAGUGACUAACAGGUCCGUGGGGGACAUAGCGGAUCAGCUGUUGCUGUCAGACCGGUUUAACAUCCCGGUGCAGAUCCAACUCCAUGAAGAAGUGCGCGUCGGAGCAGCGUCUCAUUCUGCGCAGGAGCUGCUGACCUGAAGACAGACCUCCUCCUGAAGCGGCUCUGUGGGCUUUAAACCUCAGGAUUACUCACAUGAAGGCGUCUUUAGAGCAGCAGUCUGAAGCUCCUGCAGCAGUGCCAUGAAUCAGCCUGGACCACAGCUGCUGCCCACAUAGAGGUCACUUCACCUCUCUUUUCAACUUGCUUCGGUCCAGAGGAUGCUGGGAAUGUGUCGCGGGCGCAGGAAGUUCCUGGUGGCCACGCUCGCCCUGCUUUUCAUUCCAGCACUCACCUGGCUUUACCUGUCGGUCGGGAGCUUUCAAGUGAAGCCUCUUCCUCUGUCUCCGUUGGAAGCUCAGUCGGCGCCGGUGGGCGGAGCUGGCGAGCGUCAGGCUUUGGAGCUGCGGGUGCGGGCGGUGGAGGAGGAGAACCGGGCACUGCGCCGAGAGCUCAGCCGGCCGCCCAGGAGUCCGUCUGCACGCCUCCAGAGCGCCGGUCACCGUGGCAACCAGAGCAGAACGCAUUCAGAGGAGGGGACCGGCGACAACGAGGGCCAGAAAGCUGCCGCGGCGGGGAACAGCUCCGACUGUGUGCAGCAGCCGGCCGUGGAUAAAUGCGAGACCAUCCAUGUGGCCAUCGUGUGUGCGGGAUACAACGCCAGCCGAGAUGUGGUGACGCUGGUGAAAUCCGUCCUCUUCCACAGGCGGAACCCUCUACAUUUCCAUUUCAUCACAGACUCCAUUGCUCAGCAGAUCCUCUCCUCUCUCUUCCACACCUGGAUGGUUCCUGCCGUCAGGGUCGACUUCUACGACGCAGACGAGCUGAAGUCCGAGGUGUCAUGGAUCCCAAACAAACAUUACUCUGGGAUCUACGGCCUGAUGAAGCUGGUGCUCACCAAGACGCUGCCGUCCGACCUGCAGAAGGUCAUCGUCCUCGACACUGACAUCACCUUCGCCACCGACAUCGCUGAGCUCUGGGCCGUCUUCCACAAGUUCAAAGGUCAGCAGGUUCUAGGUCUGGUGGAGAACCAGAGCGACUGGUACCUUGGAAACCUGUGGAAGAACCACCGACCAUGGCCCGCUCUAGGGAGAGGAUUCAACACGGGAGUGAUUCUUCUUCUCCUGGAUCGUCUCAGGAAGCUGAGGUGGGAGCAGAUGUGGAGGCUGACUGCAGAGAGGGAACUAAUGAGUAUGCUGUCCACAUCUCUGGCAGACCAGGACAUCUUCAACGCUGUGAUCAAACAGAACCCGUUCCUGGUCCACCAGCUGCCGUGUUUCUGGAACGUCCAGCUGUCGGACCACACGCGCUCCGAGAAGUGCUACAAAGACGUGUCAGACCUGAAGGUAAUCCACUGGAACUCUCCGAAGAAGCUGCGCGUGAAGAACAAACACGUGGAGUUCUUCAGGAACCUGUACCUGACGUUCCUGGAGUACGACGGGAACCUGCUGAGACGGGAGCUGUUCGGAUGUCCAAGCGAGGCCGACCACAACAGUGAGAACUUGAUGCCUCGGCCUCUAAACCGGCUGAAGGUCAGCUUGGUCAGGACUUUCCAGCCGGCUCACUCCUCUGUGGGGCUGCAGGAUAAUUUAAGUGUCAGCUCUGUGCUCCAGAAAACUCUGUCCGAGCUGGAUGAAGACGAUCCGUGCUACGAGUUCCGCCGAGAGCGAUUCACCGUCCACAGAACUCACCUGUACUUCCUGCACUACGAGUACGAACCGUCCUCCGACAACACCGACGUCACGCUGGUCGCUCAGCUCUCCAUGGACAGGCUCCAGAUGUUGGAGGCCAUCUGUAAACACUGGGAGGGUCCGAUCAGCCUGGCCCUGUACCUGUCCGAUGCCGAGGCCCAGCAGUUCCUGCGUUACGCUCAGGGCUCCGAGGUGCUGAUGAGCCGUGGGAACGUGGGUUACCACAUCGUCUACAAAGAGGGACAGUUCUACCCCGUCAACCUGCUGAGGAACGUGGCCAUGCGGCAGGUCAACACACCUUACAUGUUCCUGUCCGACAUCGACUUCCUGCCAAUGUACGGCCUCUAUGAGUACCUCAGGAAGUCUGUGGUCCAGCUGGACAUGUCCAACACAAAGAAAGCUCUGGUAGUUCCAGCCUUUGAGACACUGAGGUAUCGUCUGUCGUACCCAAAGUCCAAAGCGGAGCUUCUGUCACAGCUGGACAUGGGGACGCUCUUCACCUUCAGGUACCACGUGUGGACUAAAGGACACGCUCCCACCAACUUCGCCAAGUGGCGGACAGCCACCACGCCAUACCGGGUACAGUGGGAGGCCGACUUCGAGCCCUACGUCAUGGUGAGGAGGGACAGUCCUGAGUACGACCGACGCUUCGUGGGCUUCGGAUGGAACAAGGUGGCUCACAUCAUGGAGCUUGACGCACAGGAGUACGAGUUUGUGGUUCUGCCCAACGCCUACAUGAUCCACAUGCCUCACGCUCCGAGCUUCGACAUAACUAAGUUCCGCUCCAACAAGCAGUACCGGGUCUGCCUGAAGACCCUGAAGGAGGAGUUCCAGCAGAACAUGUCGCGGCGCUACGGCUUUGCGGCGCUCAAAUACAUGACGGCCGAGAACAACAGCUAGCCACCGCUGCAGACCCCCACACCCCCGCCCUGAACUACGGACUCACUCCUGGAGCAGGGGGAGGAGGGGGAGGAGACAGGGACAGCCUGCGUGAGGCUGACGGGAUGAUUUCAGACUCCCUCAGACUUUCAGAACGUUGGACCCUCAUGCGGGACUGUGAGGGUCUUUGUGUCCAUUCUUUGUCCUCGGCUGUGAAUGGGAGAGAUCAUCAGGAGGAGAACGCUCCUGCAGGGAUGUAAAAGCUGUGAAAGAUAACAUAAUUGGGUCCUAGACCUGGACCAGACCCCAGACCUGGAUGCAGACUACGUGGGCCCCUGGAUUUUGCCCUGAAGUCUGACAGACAGCAGGCAGAAACAAGCUGACUUUCAAUGCCUCGCCAUAUUUGUAAGAGCAGUGACAGAGCUGUGGGCUGGGCGUGUUGUGAAGAGUGUGUGUGUGUGUGUGCAGGUAGAUGAAGAUUGUGUGUGUGUGUGUGUGUGUGUGUGUGUGUGUGUGUGUGUGUGUGUGUGUGUGUGUGUGUGUGUGUGAAGAUGUGUGUGUGUGAGUGUAUGUGCAUUCCUCCAGGACAGCGUUUAGCUAAAAGCUUAAGCAGAGUUGAAGAUAUGAAACAUUUCUGAGCCUUCGUUCUGAGCGGCAGCGGCGGCGGUUUGAUUGACAGCUCAACCCGACUCGAAUGCAAAUCAUCAGCAGGCGGCGAGAUAAGACAAAGCGGUAAACACGUCCACACAGAUUUACAGAAUCUCGUUGUGACAACUGACACACACAUACACACACACGCACGCUCUGAUAAUGUGGUGAGCAGCCAGCAGCGAGCGUCUGCUGCUGCUGCUUCAUUUGUCUGAUCGCUGAAACACAUCAGAACAAGUCGUCAGAGCGGCGUUAGGUGCAGAGAGGUGGAGGUCGUGAAAGCUGCAGAACAUUUCCAGUGUUUGAACCUGACAGCAGAUGGUGCAGUGUGUGUAUGUCCUCAGUGUGUGUGUGUGUAUGUGUGUAUGUGUGUGUGUGUGUGUGUUCUCAGUGUGUGUGUGUGUGUGUGUGUGUGUGUGUGUGUGUGUGUGUGUGUGUGUGUGUCUGUAUUCUGCUCAAACAUGCUGGAGGUCCUGUCGGUGUGUGAAGCUGUGAGAUGACGUAGCACUAACUGAGCUCUCCGUUCAUCCCUCCAACAGUCAGUAUUAUUUAUCAGUGUGUUUACACUCCUGGUGGGCGGAGCAUAAAGAGGAGGGGGCAGGGCUUUCUGGUCACACCGUUAGGAGGAUCUGAGGAGGACAGGAACAGGAAAGAGAACUUAAACUGUGAAACUCCGAAAGUGGGGAGAGUCAGACACUCCUUUUUCUUUUUCUUCUUCUUCUCUUUUAUCUCUCUCUCUGUUCUUCAGUAUGACAUCAGUGAAGUGGAGUCCAGGAGGUGUUUGGUCCUUAAAUCCUACUAAUCUGUUUAAAUCUACCGGUUCAGAUAAUCAGACUUCUUAAAACUUAACACACAAGACUUCUAUUUUUUCCAGAUGCCUGAGCACGAUGCAUCAAUCUCAACAGAGCAGAUGGAGCGGGACAGGAAGUCAGGCACCAAAACAAAAUGAAAACAUCUGGUUGAUUUUCAGAAUAAAACACCAGAUCGUAUUUCACUUAACUACAACAACAAACCAUCAUGAUGAGCAGAGCCAGACCUGGAGUCAACAAGUCAGAGGUUUUCAGAGGACCAGAAAGACAACAUGGAUGUCCAGUGGGAUCUGGUAGAAGUCUGAUGUUACUGUGAGGCAGAGAGCCUGAAUUAACAGAGGCAGGUGAUCAUCCCAGCAUCAUGGUACCUGUUCCUCUUCAGCUUUUGUUAAACCAGCAGAGAGUCUGGGUCUGUUGAUCUCAUCGUGUGUCCCUGUUCCUCCUGCCGCACACUGAGCGACUGGUUGUUGUGAUCAUGAUUAUGGCUGCAGAGAAGUAAUUUCCCUUCUGGUGACAUAAAGUGGCUCAGCAGCUUUGUAUGGAAAUUACUUCAUUUAUCUUGAUUUCAGCGUCGGAUAAAUAAGUUAGAGACGCUCUCCACCAGGUUCCAGAUUCACAGCAGCAGCUGCUGAUUGUGAUUUAUACUUCCACAGCUGUAUUUAGCAACUAAAGUUUCAGCCACAAACUGCUGCCUGCUUUGGUCUGAGCUUUCCUUGUUCAGGCUGCUGAACUGUUUUUUUUUUUGCUAUUGUUUGAACAUGAAACAGGGUGAAUUUGUAGAUCCACAGUCUGCUCACUGACGUGGUCACACAGACGAGGAGAGGCAGAUGCUUCCAAACCUUUUCAAAAUCCGAUUUCAAUGUAUCUUAAAUCUGGUGGUCUGUAACCUCCGAUCCAUGCAUUACACUGCAGAAACUUAAAUCUUACUCCGUGAAUUAAUCUAGAACCUUAACAAUACACCUGAUAUCAGCCCACGUGACAAGUCCCGAUAUGACGUCUUAUUUCAAGACAUUACAAGCUAAAGUAAAGGCUGUGGGCGGAUUGUUCCAAAGAGAUGGUCCUCUGUAUUUCAAGGUGUACUGAUUAAGGGAAGUCCAGUACAUAGACUAAUCUUUCUUUCAUCAGUUAGAUAUAUCACUCACUUUAAAAAUUUGCAGUGGAAAGAGUGAAAAAGCUUGCUUUUCAUUUAGCUGUCAAUCAUCUGGCCUGAUACUGCAGACACCAAAAAGUACAACUUUGAGUCAUGUUGUUGAUGGUCUCAUUUGCUUCUGUUGGACACAAAAGGGCAUCACUUUGAAUUUGAGUCUGUUUCCUAAUAAGUGAAAAAUCCCUUAUAGUAGCUUUAAUCCUCUGACAGGUACACUUGGUUAGAUUUGAGUUUUUACAGUGCAGCUGAAAGACCCAAGCAGACAUUAGGCUUAAUCAGUAUGUUAGGCAACCAUAUGAAGCUGUCACAGACAACCAUCACACUGACCAACACAUCCCUGGGCAUGGCAGCGUCUCAUUAACUUGCAGGACGCAGUACCUGAGGAGAACCAUGCAAGCACAGAGAGAGCACGCAGAGGAUUCCUUAUCCGAGGUUUGAGUCCUCUUAUUCAGAGACAGACGUGCAAAACAUACUGAACGCCUCAGAAAUACAAACAAUAAAACAUCACAGAUCUCUCUGAACCUUGACAUACUGAUGUUAAACCAGAGGUCUCUCUUUCUCUCUCUCUCUCUCUCUCUCUCUCUCUCUCUCUCUCUCUCUUUCUCUCUCUCUCUCUCUCUCUCUCUCUCUCUCUCUCUCUCUCUCUCUCUCUCUGCACAGUAAAGCUGCAGAAGGGCUCAGAGCAGUCGUCCAGGUUUAAGUGUUUGUGUGUGAGAAUGAAUGUGCUGUGUGUGUUGGUAGUGUGUGCUCAGUGUAAAGGUGUGUGAGUGUGUGUGUGUUUGGUGUGCAGGGAGGAGCUGUGGUGUGUAAGUAGGACAGUCUGACUGAUGCUGCUACCUGAAUAAAAGCAAAGAGUCAAACAUGU